AUGGCAUCUUUCUUCACCGGAGUUGCAUCUGCUUCUUCUAUCGGCCUCUCUUUUCUCUAUAAUGAUUACAAAAUCGUUCGCGGGUCAAUUUCUCUCCAGACAAAGGUUUUUCCUGACUUGAUGGACACAAGGAUCUCUACUCUUGAAAGCUUGAGACAAACUGAAGCUCCUCGGCUUCCUCAGACAACAAUUGAUUAG